UCUUGCCCAUAUCAUUUCUCCGUUGAAGAGGUUCUUGAAAGCCACCAAGAUGCGGGUAGCUAUAACGAUAUGAGGGACUUUUGGGAUGACUUGAAAGGCAGAGUAGACGAUACCGGCUAUACCACCCACGAGUUCUUUGACGAGGCUGUGGCUCUCUUUUCCAGUCUACGAGAAAAUGGUCUAAAGACGUUAGAAGGCCAAGAGCUCAAAGAUUUUGAGGAGCAGACGCGGUGGGUG